AUCAUUGCUGCAAAAGCAGCAGAGCUAUUCAGUCACCUUCUGGAUUACAGCCUUUAUAGCCUUCCUCAAUUCAGUCACCUUCUGGAUUACAGCCUUUAUAGCCUUCCUCAAUUCAGUCACCUCCUGGAUUACAGCCUUUAUAGCCUUCCUCAAUUCAGUCACCUUCUGGAUUACAGCCUUUAUAGCCUUCCUCAAUUCAGUCACCUUCUGGAUUACAGCCUUUAUAGCCUUCCUCAAUUCAGUCACCUCCUGGAUUACAGCCUUCCUCAAUUCAGUCACCAUCUGGAUUACAGCCUUUAUAGCCUUCCUAAAUUCAGUCACCUCCUGGAUUACAGCCUUUAUAGCCUUCCUCAAUUCAGUCACCUCCUGGACUACAGCCUUUACAGCCUUCCUCAAUUCAGUCACCUUCUGGAUUACAGCCUUUAUAGCCUUCCUCAAUUCAUUCACCUUCUGGAUUACAGCCUUUAUAGCCUUCCUCAAUUCAAUCACCUCCUGGAUUACAGCCUUUACAGCCUUCCUCAAUUCAGUCACCAUCUGGAUUACAGCCUUUAUAGCCUUCCUAAAUUCAGUCACCUCCUGGACUACAGCCUUUACAGCCUUCCUCAAUUCAGUCACCUCCUGGAUUACAGCCAUCCUCCAUUCAGUCACCUCCUGGAUUACAGCCAUCCUCCAUUCAGUCACCUCCUGGAUUACAGCCUUUCUCCAUUCAGUCACCUCCUGGAUUACAGCCUUCCUCCAUUCAGUCACUUUAAGGUCUGACAGUGAGACCAACAAACUCCCAUGAGCAUCAACCCCACUACUAGAUGAAGAGAACUCCAUUGCUGCAGGGCCAAUGUAGCGAACUAUAUGUCAGGCAGAGUGUUGUGAGCGAGGGUUAUUGACAUGAUGUCUAAGCAGCAUCAUCCUAUCAAGGACUCAGAGGGACUUCACCUCUCCCCUCGCCAUUCCCCCCUUCUUCACUCCCCCGUGUCCCCCAGGCCUGCUCCUCUCUCCCCACUUCACUCCCCAGUGUCCCCCAGGCCUGCUCCUCUCUCCCCACUUCACUCCCCAGUGUCCCCCAAGCCUGCUCCUCUCUCCCCACUUCACUCCCCAGUGUCCCCCAGGCCUGCUCCUCUCUCCCCACUUCACUCCCCAGUGUCCCCCAGGCCUGCUCCUCUCUCCCCACUUCACUCCCCAGUGUCCCCCAAGCAUGCUCCUCUCUCCCCACUUCACUCCCCGUGUCCCCCAGGCCUGCUCCUCUCUCCCCACUUCACUCCCUCGUGUCCCCCAGGCCUGCUCCUCUCUCCCCACUUCACUCCCCGUGUCCCCCAGGCCUGCUCCUCUCUCCCCACUUCACUCCCUCGUGCCCCCAAGCCUGCUCCUCUCUCCCCUGUCCACCACCCUCUCUUCUCCCAAACUCAGCUCCCCUUCCCCCAGCCCUUCUCCCCCCUCUCUCAGCCCCAGGACCUAGUAGAGACAGACUUCCCUUCUGAUGUGGACACAUGUCAGCUACUGUCUCCCCUCUCCCAGCCCUCCCUACGAUAUGGCUACAAGGACUAUACCCAGGACCAGUCGUACCAGCAGACAGUGACCCACCCUGACCCAGAAACUCUGCAGGACUACCACAACCACGGCUCCCAAACUAACCUCAACCAUCAGCUGGCCCGGGGAAAGAAGCACCAGUUGGACCAGCAGACCUACACCAGCAACAGAAACCACAAGAGGCAGCUCAAGACUCAAAAGGACCAUCAGCCCCCCAACAGCUAUCAGAAUCCCAUACUGGACUCCCAGACCAUGUACAGCAACAAGCAGAACCAGCAGAACCAUCACAUGAAACAGCAGUCUCUGGACCUUCAGACUCAACUGGACCUACAGAACUGCAACCACCAUCAGAGCCAGCAGAUGGAGGUGAACCAUCACCAGCAUCAGUCUGUCCAGAGCCAGCUACAGAACCAGCUGGACCAUCACCACCAUCAGUCUGUCCAGAGCCAGCUACAGAACCAGCUGGACCAUCACCAGCAUCAGUCUGUCCAGAGCCAGCUACAGAACCAGCUGGACCAUCACCACCAUCAGUCUGUCCAGAGCCAGCUGGACCAUCACCACCAUCAGUCUGUCCAGAGCCAGCUACAGAACCAGCUGGACCAUCACCACCAUCAGUCUGUCCAGAGCCAGCUGGACCAUCACCACCAUCAGUCUGUCCAGAGUCAGCUACAGAACCAGCUGGACCAUCACCAGCAUCAGUCUGUCCAGAGCCAGCUACAGAACCAGCUGGACCAUCACCACCAUCAGUCUGUCCAGAGCCAGUUACAGAACCAGCUGGACCAUCACCACCAUCAGUCUGUCCAGAGCCAGCUACAGAACCAGCUAGACCAUCACCACCAUCAGUCUGUCCAGAGCCAGCUACAGAACCAGGUGGACCAUCACCAGCACCAGUCUGUCCAGAGCCAGCUACAGAACCAGCUGGACCAUCACCACCAUCAGUCUGUCCAGAGCCAGCUACAGAUCCAGGUGGACCAUCACCACCAUCAGUCUGUCCAGAACCAGCUACAGAACCAACUGGACCAUCACCAGCAUCAGUCUGUCCAGAGCCAGCUACAGAACCAGCUGGACCAUCACCACCAUCAGUCUCUCCAGAACCAGCUACAGAACCAACUGGACCAUCACCAGCACCAGUCUGUCCAGAGCCAGCUACAGAACCAGGUGGACCAUCACCAGCACCAGUCUGUCCAGAGCCAGCUACAGAGCCAGAAGCACCAGGUCAGACUCCACAUCCUAGCCCAGCUCCAGAGACAAGAACAAGGACAGGGAGGGGGCUACUGCCCCCCACAGCCCCCCUCACAGAACCACAGUCACACCCAGCAGCACACACACAUCUCCUACACUCAAACACAGACCCACGCACAAAGCUCCUAUCUGUACACACAGGCCCACGCAGACCAACAACAAAGCCCCUGUUUGUACACACAGCCAGCACAGAGCCCUCUAACCUCUGUGGAACCCUCCUCACCCUCCUCACCCUUGUACCCUGGUCCCCAGUCUUACUCCAACCCUUACUUUUUCCCUCACUUCCACUCCCAUCCCAACUCUAACUUUAACUCUCACCCUCAAUCCAAUCCCAGCUCUAAUCCCCAUCUUCAAUCCAAGUACAGCCUCCUCCCCAACCCCAACCCUGCCUACAGCCACAACCCCAACCCUAGCCCCAACCCUAACCCCAACCAUAGCCCCAACCCUAACCCCAACCCUACCUACAGCCCCAACCCUAACCCUAACCCUACCUACAGCCCCAACCCUAACCCUACCUACAGCCCCAACCCUAACCCUAAUCCUACCUACAGCUCCAAGCCUAACCCCAACCCCACCUACAGCCCCAACCCUAACCCUACCUAUAGCCCAAACCCUAACCCCAACCCCAAACCCAACCCAACCUACACCCCCAACCCCAACCCUACCUACAGCCCAAAUCCUAACACCACUUACAGCCCCAAUCCUAACACUACCUACAACUCCCACCCUAACCAUAGUCCCUACUCUUAUCCUCACCUCAGCCCUCAAUCCAGCCCCAUACCCCAUCCUAACCAGCUCAGCCCAAGCCCUUCCUAUAUUCCCUACCCUAACCCUAGCCCUAGAUGCAGCCCUCUCUACCUCUCUCCCCCUCUCCUCCUGCGUGGGGGGUGGGAGUCAGAGAGGGGGGUAAGUCCAGCCGUCCAGCAGAUGACCACAGAGAGGAGAGGACCCCAUGUGAACCAUUUGAAUCAAUUGAACCAUCUGAAGCCUCUCUACUCGCCCCCAGCACAGCAGACACAGAUGACAUCGACAGAACAUUUGGGAAACUAUGAGACACCAAACUGCAGCAGGUUGAUGUGUUCUGUGUGUCAGAGGGACUUUAAGAGUCUUCCUGCUCUUAACGGACACAUGCGCUCUCACAGAGGACUCCGAGGACAGCCCGGCAGGUCACAAACAUACAGGACGCAGAAGGAAGGGGUGAUUCCAGGGUCUCCUGUCCCCAUAGUGAUGCCCGUCUCUGUGCCCGUCAGACUCCCUGCCUCCCCAUUUCCAUGCCUGGAAGAGGAGCACCAAGAGGGGGAGGAUGAGGGAAGGAGGGGAUGGAAAGAAAGGAAAAAAGAAAAGAGGAGGGAUCCCCAUCGCCACUCUGCUCUUGUCCUGCCCCGCCAGUCCACUAGGGGUGCUGUGGUGUUCCAGAGUGUUCUGCGUUCAAUUGUUCAACUGACUGAAUACACCCCUCCUCCCAUGCUGAGGCCAGACAGGGAUGGAACUGGGCUAUACUGCUCUCUAACCACAAGUGAUGGUGACAUGCUAAUGUCCGGGGAGCAUCCAAUGAAGAACAAACCGAGGAUCAACGUGGGGAUUGGAUUUCAGGCUGAUGUCCCACCUCUUCAGGACCAAAGACACUCUCACUCAGACAUCCACAAAGCACUGGUGUUGUGGACGCCCUGGGAUGCCCUGGAGAACUCAUCCACCCAGCACAGAGUGGAGUGUCUGUUGAUGAUGUCAUGUUCCAGUGUGUGUCCGGGGGGCGGGACUAACUCUGAGUACGCCCUGCACAGCCUAUCCGAGAGCAGAGGAGACUUCCUGGGAACACUGGAGAAGAUGCUCCUUCACCACUGGCCAAUGACAGCCAACUCUCUCUCCUCCUACCACUACGCAGGGAGUGAUACGUGGAGUCCAAUGGAGAAGAGGUUGGUGAAGAAAGCCUUUAUGAUGUACCAGAAGGACUUCCACCGCAUUCAGACAACGGUGGGGACUAAGUCAGUGUCUCAGUGUGUAGAGUAUUACUACACCUGGAAGAGGAGGCUGCGUCUAAAUGUAAGGACCCCGGUCAGGCUGGCCAGCACACUGCCUGAGGUAAAUGUAAGGACCCCGGUCGGGCUGGCCAGCACACUGCCUGAGGUAAAUGUAAGGACCCCGGUCGGGCUGGCCAGCACACUGCCUGAGGUCUAUCCAUCUCAGCCCACCAUGAAUGGUAAGAUGGGGCUCCACACCAUUUCGACACAGAAUGCCUGCCAACCGAUCCACAGUGGCUCCUCCUGUCCUCGGCUCCAGGUUGGUUCUGCUUGCUGUAGCCCAGCCCUGGGAGAGGUAGAGAGGCCCAGCAAGGCUCACUUUUAUGGGCCGGUCUGUCUGAGGAUGUCCCCCUCUCUAUUCAGCUCCAGUCCCAGACCGAGCAACUCUGCCCCCAGCGCCAAGCUCCACACACAGCCUACCCCUCCAUACCCCUGUAGGGCGUGUGCCAAGGUGUUCUCUAAAGUGAAGAGUCGUAAUGCUCACAUGAAGACACAUCGCCAUGAAGACACAUCGCCAUGAAGACACAUCACCAUGAAGACACAUCACCAUGAAGACACAUCGCCAAAAAGACAUCACCAUGAAGACACAUCGCCAUGAAGACACAUCACCAUGAAGACACAUCACCAUGAAGACACAUCACCAUGAAGACACAUCGCCAUGAAGACACAUCGCCAUGAAGACACAUCACCAUGAAGACACAUCGCCAUGAAGACACAUCACCAUGAAGACACAUCGCCAUGAAGACACAUCGCCAUGAAGACACAUCGCCAUGAAGACACAUCGCCAUGAAGACACAUCGCCAUGAAGACACAUCAGGAGGAGCUGCACUGACCCUAAACCCUAAACCCUAGACCAGCACUGACCCUAAAUCCUAAACCCUAGACCGGCACUGACCCUAAACCCUAAAUCCUAGACCAGCACUGACCCUAAACCCUACACCCUAGACCGGCAUUGACCCUAAACCCUAGACCAGCACUGACCCUAAACCCUAAACCCUAGACCAGCACUGACCCUAAACCCUAAACCCUAGACCAGCACUGACCCUUAACCCUACACCAGCACUGACCCUAAAUCCUACACCCUAGACCGGCACUGACCCUAAACCCUACACCCUAAACCCUAGACCAGCACUGACUCUAAACCCUAAACCCUAGACCAGCACUGACUCUAAACCCUAAACCCUACACCAGCACUGACCCUAAAUCAUAAACCCUAAACCCUACACCAGCACUGACCCUAAACCCUAAACCCUAGACCAGCACUGACCCUAAACCCCAAACCCUAGACCAGCACUGACUCUAAACCAUAAACCCUACACCAGCACUGACCCUAAACCCUAAACCCUACACCAGCACUGACCCUAAACCCCAAACCCUAGACCAGCACUGACUCUAAACCCUAAACCCUACACCAGCACUGACCCUAAACCCUAAACCCUACACCAGCACUGACCCUAAACCCCAAACCCUAGACCAGCACUGACUCUAAACCCUAAACCCUACACCAGCACUGACCCUAAAUCAUAAACCCUACACCAGCACUGACCCUAAACCCUACACCAGCACUGACCCUAAACCCUAAACCCUAGACCAGCACUGACCCUAAACCCCAAACCCUACACCAGCACUGACCCUAAACCCUAAACCCUACACCAGCACUGACCCCUAUACCCUAAACCUUAAACCAGCACUGACCCUAAACCCUAAACCCUACACCAGCACUGACCCUAAACCCUAAACCCUAGACCAGCACUGACUCUAUACCCUAAACCCUAAACCAGCACUGACCCUAAACCCUAAACCCUACACCAGCACUGACCCCUAUACCCUAAACCUUAAACCAGCACUGACCCUAAACCCUAAACCCUACACCAGCACUGACCCUAAACCCUAAACCCUAGACCAGCACUGACUCUAUACCCUAAACCCUAAACCAGCACUGACCCCUAUACCCUAAACCCUACACCAGCACUGACGCCUAUACCCUAAACCCUACACCAGCACUGACCCCUAUACCCUAAACCCUACACCAGCACUGACCCCUAUACCCUAAACCCUAAACCAGCACUGACCCUAAACCAUCAGGACAAGCCCUCUACUGCCCUCUACUGUCCAACUCAUUACCUAGAUCCCCAUACAGGGUCGGAUACCUUUUAAACGACUGGGGCCAAAGUACUGGUUUCCCAAAACCAUCUUAAGACUAUAAGUUCACUGCUAGAACCUUCGUAGGAGCAUUGUUACAUCUCCAAAACCCACCGUUAAUAACGUCGCACUUAACGAAAACGCUCGUGAUCUAAACAGACCACACGCAGAACAUCGUCAUUAUGUUUCGUUGCCCUCCCCUUAGCCACUUCAUAUGUACUCGCUCCGGAAUAGGAAAAAUAUUAUUUUUGUAUUUUCUCCAGUUAAGUUCAAUUAUAUUCCUAUUACUUAAACAUCAUACGAUAUAAAAAUAAAGCACAUCUUGUCUGCGAAAUGAACAAGCCCUUACGGCCUAUAGAAUGGCUCAUAGCCAGGUAACAUGCAGUAGGCCGACUCAUACCGUUUUUCUGGAAUACAUUUUCUUCAUAAUGUUUCUUUUGCCUAAAUGAAAUAAUGGAUUGAUUGUGAUGGUGUAGGCUAUAUUACUUUGAUUUAUUUCGAAUUUUUUUAUUCUUUUAAAUUUAGAUGUUCCAAAGUUCACCAAAGGUCACCAUCAGUGGCUUGUAUGUGUGGAGGCCUGGAGCUAAACGUGUUUAUGUUAAUUAACGGUUAAUUAACUGUGAGGCCCGGCAGACUUUUGCAUGACAAUAACCGGCUGACAAAAUGUCAUGACCGCCACAGCUCUAGGAAAGAUGCAUCGUUAAAACAUUUGUAGGCCUUAAGUUCCAUUAUUGCUAUUGGGAAACCGUACCCAGGUCAAUGUGAGCCUAUCGUUUCCUAUCAGUUUAUAUCGGAUUAUAUCUGUUUUAUAUAUGAGGCACAGCAGAGUUUGAGGAUUAUAUGGCUGCGUUUACACAGGCAGCCCAGUUCUGACCACCCCCCACAAUUAUUGGCAUGAGAGCUGAUCUGAUUGGUCAAAAUACCAAUUAGUGGAAUAAGAUCAGGCUCAUUAAUGUUCCAUGUGGUAUUGUCCAUGAUCAUCCCUAGCGUCGGUUCUAAGUAACAAUGCCAACAUUUGUUGUAUGACAUGAAAAUAGAGCUCUUGAAGGAAAGGGUAAGGUGGGAGACCUAGUCAGUUGUACAACUGUAUGCAUUAUGCAUUCAACUGAAAUGUGUCUUCCUCAUUUAACCCUCUGAAUCAGAGAGGUGCGAGGGGGCUGCCUUAAUCAACAUCCACGUCUUCAAUCCAUGCACGCCAGUGGUGGGUUUGGUGUAACAACAAAAAAGAAGAAACUGUAUAUGCCUCAUUCCUACUGUACAAUUUGGUGGUGGAUCUUUGAUGUUAAAUGUUUCCACUGAUCCUGGGGCCCUUGAUAAGGUCAACGGCAUCAUGAACUUUAACAAGUACCAGUACCAUUUUUUUUUUGCCAAAAUCUAGAUGCCUUUUGCCAGGAGGCUGAAACUUGGUCACACGUCGAUCUUCCAGCAGGACAAUAACCCCAAGCACAAAACAUUCACAAAGAAAUUGUUAAUUGACAACAAAAUCAUCAUUUUGCAAUGGCCACUUCAGUCUCCGGACUUGAAAACCUGUGUUUUGAAAUGAAGAGGGUGAUCCAUAAGAUGAAGGAUAUCCAGGAUCUGAAUAGAUUCUGUAUGAACGGACUAUGAUCUCUGCCAAUGUGCUCUCCAAUCUUAUAAAACAUUUGAGAAAAAGGUAUCUAGUGGCCAAAAUCUAAAUUGGGCUGGAAUAGUACAUUAUGGCCUUUCUCUUGCAUUUCAAAGAUGAAGGUACAAAAUACAUUUAAAAAACGCAUGUUUCUUCUUUGCAUUAUUGUUUACCAGAUCUAAUGUGUUAUAUUCUCCUACAUUAAUUUCAAAUUUCCACAAACUUCAAAGUGUUUCCUUUCAAAUGGUAUCAGGAAUAUGCAUAUCCUUGCUUCAGGUCCUGAGCUACAGGCAGUUAGAUUUGGGUAUUUCAUUUUUUUUAAAGGGUCCGAUCCUUAAGAGGAUAAAACAUUUUAGAAAAAGGCUCAGUGCUGUUAUCCUCACAAGAUGAGGUAAUUGAAAGAUAUUGAAAACAGGGCUACCAAUCAUUUUUACCCCUAUCUUUUUAAGAAAAAAAAGUAUUGUUUUGUUAAACAAAAUCUAUUUCUCUGAGCAAUUGUAUCAGUAUAAAUAAUUUUUCCAAUUGUUUUGAGCAUACUAUAUAGCUCAGUAUUUGUAUUAUUUAUUUUAAUUUUAAUUAAAAACAUUUUGCUCAUCUUUAUCAAGGGUAUCAUUACAUUUUGACCUGACUGUAUAUUUACUGUGGAUUCAAAGACAGACAGAGACAGAUAGAGACCGAUACAGACAGAGACAGAUAGAGACCGAUACAGAGAUAGCAACAGAGAGAGACAGAUAGAGACCGAUACAGACAGAGACAGAUAGAGACCGAUACAGAGAUAGCAACAGAGAGAGACAGACAGACACAGAGAGGGACAGAGAGAGACAGACAGACACAGAGAGGGACAGAGAGGGACAGACAGAGAGUAGAGCUCUUACAACCUUUUCACCAACCUGUUGUUAUUACUGCCAUAACUACCCUAUUUAUAACCCAACAUUAAAGUGAAUUUAAAAUGGUU